GAGUGGGUACGAGGGUAGAGCAGAAAAUUUGAAUCCCUCGUUCAUUCCCUGGAAGAGACGCAAUUGCAUAAUGCAACCACUAGGUGGCCUCAAAAGCACUAUACAAAUCCCUGUCAGGAAAAAAGUAAAUUAUACAAAAAAAUAAAAUAAAAUGGGAGGUUGAGUGUUAUUUGUGCAGGAGUGCCUAUUUAGAACUUGAAAAAAUAAAUCUCUGUUAUUCUAUGAAGGGUACAUUGUCAGCUGUCUGUUGACACAAAUAUUUUCCCAGAAAUGCUAUUUUUCAAGCCAGCCUUGUUGAAAACAUUCAAAAUUUCUGCCCCCCUGCUUUAGGGGACCCCAUACCUUUGGCUUGUUGUUUUGGGGGACCCAUGAGCCCCCUCUCUCACGUGUUUCUUGUUAACUUUUUGUGGUGUAGAAACAGUGUUAGUGCCUUCGCCAGGCCUCCCACCACAGCCCUUGAGGCUCUGGCCAUCACCCCUGUGUUCCGCACCAGAAACCUGCCCAAGCGAACCGCCAGCGCCCCCUCCCUCCCCCGUGGGACAGCCAGGCCACAGAGUGCCAGCUUCAACAUGCAGUCCUCCUCCUCCUACAGUGUCCAGUCCAAAACCACCACGACCAGCUCCUUCCCCCAGCAGAGAGCAGUGCCGACCCCAGCCUCUCCUCCAAAGGUCGUCAGCACCAUCAACAUUGUGCCCACUGCCUACAUCCCCAUCCCAGCCCCAGCUCCAGUAUAUACCCCUGCCCCAGCUCCAGUAUAUAACCCUACCCCAGCCCCAGCCCCAACUGCUGCCCCUGCCUCGGCCUCCUCUGGUCGCCCCCCCUGGGUGACAGAUGACUCCUUCGCUCAGAAGUUUGUUCCUGGGACGAGCACCACUACCCUCACCAAACACAUCCAGCCUCUCCCCCAGGCUGCACCCCUUCCUCCUGCCAUCAUCCCCAACUCCUCCCUCCCCCAGCACCCAGCCCCCACCGCCCCCUUCUCCACCCCCUCCGUAGGCCGCGGGAUCUUGCAGAGGGCAGAGCGCUUCCCGGCUGGCAACCGGACCCCGCUGUGUAGCUCCUGCAACGGCAUCAUCAGGGGUCCCUUCAUGGUGGCGCUGGGGCGCUCCUGGCACCCAGAGGAGUUUAACUGCCACUACUGCCACACCUCCCUGGCAGACGUGUCCUUCGUGGAGGAGCAGAACAACGUGUACUGCGAGGGCUGCUACGGGGAGUUCUUCGCUCCCACUUGCGCCCGCUGCAGCACCAAGAUCAUGGGGGAAGUGAUGCAUGCACUGAGGCAGACCUGGCACACCACCUGCUUCGUGUGCGCUGCCUGCAGCAAGCCCUUCGGAAACAGCCUCUUCCACAUGGAAGACGGAGAGCCCUACUGUGAGAAAGACUAUGUCGCUCUGUUCAGCACUAAGUGCCAUGGCUGUGACUUCCCAGUGGAAGCAGGAGACAAGUUCAUCGAGGCCCUGGGACAGACCUGGCACGACUCCUGCUUCGUCUGUGCGGUGUGCAACGUGAAUCUGGAAGGAAAGCCAUUCUACUCCAAGAAGGACAAACCUCUGUGUAAAAAGCACGCUCACGCCAUCAACGUGUAGAGAGAGAGAGAGCGAGAGAGGGAGAGAAAAGGAAGGAAAGCGCAAAAACAUGGAUCAGACCACACUUCCAACCUUGAGAACUCUCUGGGAAUCCUCAAGGUUAACAAGGGCUUUAUGAUUUCCCAGAAUUUUAACAAAAACAAGCCAUAUUAGCUUGUUAUUGUACAACUAUUGUUUUGGGUUAGUUUGUUUGUUUUUUAGAUUACAAUUAAGCAAUUCCCAACUAUAAUUAUAGAUAUGGUUUUAUAGUUUAUAAUAAUUGGGAAGUGCUUUGAGGUUUUGAGCUAUUUGAUGUGUAUUGUAUAAAAUAACUAUUAUAAUAUUGAAUGUUUAGCUGCAGUACAGAUCAAGAUUUUUUAGUAUGUCAUUAGAAAACAGCCACGGAAAAUGACAGAAUGAGUAAAAGCCAGAAUAUUUUGGUCUGCAUUAAAAAUAUAUACAAGUCCGAAAACUGUAAAAAGAACUCUAUCCGUCCCCACAAAACAUUCACCCAGUCCGGUGCAUACAUUAUAUGGGCUUGCUCUGUACACACCUGACCUGUGACUUUGCCUCGUCACAAAAACACAACAGGCCAUAAUUUCAAAGCGUUUAGUCGUCUUUAAUGCACUCCUGUUUUUGGAAAGAGAUAAAAAAAAACACCUGUUCAUUUUACAAAACUAGAACCAAGCCACUGUCAGUGUGUUUUUGGUUUUUUCUUCCUUUUAACAAAAUAGGAGUUAAUUAAAGAAUGGAAAAAACGCUUUGAAAAUGUGGCCGAACUGGUACUAUGUUAGUGAUAUAAGCAGAGGUGUACAGGAGUCGGUGAAGGGAAAGGCAUGUAUUAAGAUCUGCCUCUGUCCAGAUUACCAAGCUCACUCUUAACAUGGGUUAGCAGAUAGAGAUGAAAUCAGUCAGGAUGCUGCCUCUGCAGGGUGUACUGAAUGACAGAGAUGAGAAAAUAGAUAGAGAUGACUUCACUCAGGAUCCUGCCUCUGCAGGGUGCACUGAAUGAUAGAGAUGAGAAGAGAGAUAGAGAUGACUUCACUCAGGAUGCUGCCUCUGCAGGGUGUACUGAAUGAUAGAGAUGAGAAGAUAGAUAGAGAUGACUUCACUCAGGAUCCUGCCUCUGCAGGGUGUACUGAAUGAUAGAGAUGAGAAAAUAGAUAGAGAUGACUUCACUCAGGAUGCUGCCUCUGCAGGGUGUACUGAAUGAUAGAGAUGAGAAGAUAGAUAGAGAUGACUUCACUCAGGAUCCUGCCUCUGCAGGGUGUACUGAAUGAUAGAGAUGAGAAAAUAGAUAGAGAUGACUUCACUCAGGAUGCUGCCUCUGCAGGGUGCACUGAAUGAUAGAGAUGAGAAGAUAGAUAGAGAUGACUUCACUCAGGAUCCUGCCUCUGCAGGGUGCACUGAAUGAUAGAGAUGAGAAGAUAGAUUGAGAUGACUUCACUCAGGAUGCUGCCUCUGCAGGGUGCACUGAAUGAUAGAGAUGAGAAGAUAGAUAGAGAUGACUUCACUCAGGAUGCUGCCUCUGCAGGGUGUACUGAAUGAUAGAGAUGAGAAGAUAGAUAGAGAUGACUUCACUCAGGAUCCUGCCUCUGCAGGGUGCACUGAAUGAUAGAGAUGAGAAAAUAGAUAGAGAUGACUUCACUCAGGAUGCUGCCUCUGCAGGGUGCACUGAAUGAUAGAGAUGAGAAGAUAGAUAGAGAUGACAUCACUCAGGAUGCUGCCUCUGCAGGGUGCACUGAAUGAUAGAGAUGAGAAGAUAGAUAGAUGACUUCUCUCAGGAUGCUGCCUCUGCAGGGUGCACUGAAUGGUAGAGAUGAGAAGACAGAUAGAGAUGACUUCACUCAGGAUGCUGCCUCUGCAGGGUGCACUGAAUGAUAGAGAUGAGAAGAGAGAUAGAGAUGACUUCACUCAGGAUCCUGCCUCUGCAGGGUGCACUGAAUGAUAGAGAUGAGAAGAGAGAUAGCUAUUCAUGAGUAAUAUAUUUAAUAUAGUGACACACUGCACCGUAUUCGCAAAGCACUGACGUGUUAGUAGAUGCUUUGGGCUUUAGAAAUACUGAAGACAGAUGCUUAGGUUUUUAUAACAUAGAUAGAUAGUAGUAAAGGGGGAUGCAAUCAGAAAAUAUAGCAGCUGCAUUAUUAACCUUUUCCAUGGCGACAUUCAAUUAAUGAAAUAAAAACUACAGGCGUUGCUGAAUGUGUUUUAAGUGAAUGGUGUGUAGAAUCUCCACUGUGUUUUAAGUGAAUGGUGUGUAGAAUCUCCACUGUGUUUUAAGUGAAUGGUGUGUAGAAUCUGCACUGUGUUUUAAGUGAAUGGUGUGUAGAAUCUCCACUGUGUUUUAAGUGAAUGGCGUGUAGAAUCUCCACUGUGUUUUAAGUGAAUGGUGUGUAGAAUCUCCACUGUGUUUUAAGUGAAUGGUGUGUAGAAUCUCCACUGUGUUUUAAGUGAAGGGCGUGUAGAAUCUCAACACACUCUUUUGUCUCGAAUGCAGUGCAGUGUCCUCCCUCAUAGUGAUUGGAUUGGAUUAUUUUUUAUUGGCUCUUCCUCUGAGUCAGAGAUGUUUAGCCUGUCAUGUUUAUACUGGGACAUGACUGAUCAGCUGAGUCGCGGCUGUGCAGGUUUGGACUCUUGCGUUUGCACACCCCUUUGUAUCUGUGUGCAGAGAGUGCCAAAGAGAUCCAUAUCUCCCUGAUAUCUUUACAGCAGUCUCAGUGAGAGAUGCUUUAUACUGGUUUAUUUCACUAGGGCCAAAACAGGCCCAACUGAAAGUUUGUUAAAGAAAUCCAGAAUUCUUCACCAGCAUUAAUGCUGUAACACUAUUAUUAUUAUUAUUAUUAUUAUUAUUAUUAUUAUUAUUAUUAUUAUUAUUAAUCAUAAUAAUUAUUUAUUUGUAUUUAAUUGCAUGGAUUUCACUCUCUUCUCUGGGUCAGUAAUUUAUGAAAUGUUCAUAUUAAGACUUAAAAAUUUGCACCUUUAAGUUCUUUCUUAGUAACAAACUAGCGGGCAGCGGUGAAAAGCUGUUGUUUUUUUUUUAAAUAAUAAAAAAAUCACUAGAGAAAGCAAAAAUAAAAGAGAAGAAAACAAUUCUCUUAAUAUUGAUUCUUAAACUGCUGUGGGGAGGGGGGGAAGCAGCUUGAUCGAUAUUUGGUUGAAGAAACAUCCUUGACUCCAUGUGUGGGCUCCUGUCCCCUCUGUGCAAGUCUGUAUGCUAUAUACUGUGACACCACUAGGUGGCAGAAGAGUGAAGCCUGGUGUUCAAGCAUGUGCACCUGGCAAAUUAAGAACUUAGGAAACAGACAAUUUCUUCUGUUUUCAUUUUAGCUGUGAAACAAUUCCAACAGGACUAAGUACAGCAGAGAGUAGACUCUUACUGCACAGCAGUUUCACCCAUUCCAGGUCUUAAUGUGUGCUUGAUUAGCCCAAGUGUGUUGGUAACAAGCUUAGGUGUGUCUUAUUAAACUUGUAGUAAAACCAGGAAAUCAAACUGCUAUGCAGUGGGAGUCUUCUUUCCAUCCCUGGAGAUGCUUUUUAAAACCCAAGGUUUAGCAUGAACUAGGUAAGCCUUGUGCUCCUGAGCCAGUGACUGCAUGCCUGUAGCAUUUCAGCAUGACUUCCACAGUAGAAGGGAGCGGUUUAUCAAGCACCUGUAAACACUUGCAACUUUUCAUUGCACACAGAAAACAAAACUAAACAAAGCCGUGCAAUUACCACAACACGACUGAACUGACAGGUCCUGCAAAAAAAAAUAAGUACAUUUAGAUGUACAUUUAGACCCUUGAUAUAAUGGGGUUUCACUGUACAUUCAAAACAAAGUUAUGUAAAACUCUUAGUUUACAUGUAAUGGCUUGACUUACCCCUUAAUUUUUAUUUAUUUAUCUUAACAGGAUUUUUGCCAAUUAUAAACAGUUUCUAUUUAAAAAAAUCUACUUUUACUACAGAUUGCUACAGAAUUCGGUGUGUGUUUUCUGUAAGGGUGCACACACACACACAUAGGUCGCUGUGGGGCUGUUUGCUGCAUGUCUAUUGAUUUCUGAAGGACCACGUUCUCCCAGACGUUCUUUAAAUGCCAUGGGAAGGAAGGGGUAUUCUUUCUCUACCCCUCCCCUUACCUGUUUAAGAUGUUUGCAACCAUUCUGAGUUCUGUACCAUCCAAUACGGAGACUGGUUUACAUAUGAAUGCUGCCAAGGGUCCCUUCUUAAUGCAAAGUCAAUCAUAUGAAUGAAAAGGCUGGAGUUGUAAGAGAGGUGUUUGUUUAAGUUUGCUGGUUACUUUCUUCUCUCUAAUGGGAACUUUUAGCCAUUGUCACCCUCUCCCCCCCUUUCUUGUCUCUCCAGCUGUUCUGUGUUUUUCUCUCCUCCACAUUUACCACCUUUCAUUGACCAUCUGGGGAUUCUUUCAUUUAUUUCUUUCCGUUCUCAUCUGCUGCUGCUUUCUGGCACUCGUGUCUUCUUACUUUCUCCUUCACCGGUAAAGAAUGACUGUUUUCGUUCUUCAGUAUUUUUCUUUACGAUUUUUGUCAAUGUUUAUUUUCUUGCUUGUCUCAUCCAGUGGUAUGCAGUUGUUGCUUGAUUUCUUUAGUAAUUCUUUCAUCAUUUCUACAUGCUUGUUUAUUUCGUGUUUUUUUUCCCUCUGCUUUCUUUUCAUAUUUUCCUCCCUUCUGUCGGUUUUAUCUUCCUCUUAGUCCCACUUCCUUCCUCCUCUUGAGCCCUCUAUUAGGCUUGGACUCUCAAUCUCUCCCUCAUCCCUUUGUUUUCUUUGUUCAUUUGCUUCUCAUUCUCCUUUUUAUUUAAAUUCAAGCUAAGAAAAAAACAAAACCUAUGUUGUGGAGAUCUUGGUCCUAGAGGCGUCUGUUUACACAAUAUAAUAAUUGUGCUGCUGUAUGAUAAACACGAUGUCAUUUUCCAUGUGAUUUAACAUAUUGUGACAGCUGAUUAUUAUUAUUAUUAUUAUUAUUAUUAUUAUU